AUGAACCAAAGAAUGUCGUUUAGACCGCAUUCCUCUUCCUCCAGGUUCUUUCAGAGUCUUCCUCUUGCUCCCUGGGAUCCUUCUCUUAGCUGCCUGAUUCAGCGAUUUCUCUCGAGCGCUGCCACCGUAUCCAUGCUUCUCGAGGCGUCAUCUUCUACAUUCUGCCUCAAACCUUUGAUAGCACGUCUAUUCCAGCCUCACUGA